AUGACCGAUACUCAAGAAAGAGUUGUGAUAAACCAAAAUACUAAUGGUCUGAGAUUUGAAUUCUUAAGGAGGUUAGAGAACAGCUUUAUUACAAGUGAACGGUUUAUUUACGGAACCAUCGCCGCAGUGGUUGUUGUAGUGGCGGUUUUUUACCAUAAGCACGCUAUCAAUUCCCAUGAAGCCCGCUUUGAAACAACUGUGGAGGCUAUCCAAAAGCUCGAGGAAAAAAUGGUCAGAGAGCUCAAUGUCCUUAGAGGACUUUUAGGUAGGUAAUGUAAAAUUGAAAACUAUGGCGCCAGGUGUUCUUCUACAACAAGCAUCACAGUGGAGUUAAAUGUGAAUGAGGACGUUCAAAUUGGUAGUAAACGUUGCUAUGCGUGGCUAUACAUUUUAAUCAGGCAGAAUGUAUUUUUUAUAUGAUAGUAUUUAAUUUCAUUCAAUUUAAAGCGAAAAUAUCUCAGAGUAUUUGUUCGCAGACAUUAUCUUCGAUUAUCUAUUCCGAGUUGCGAACAGUUUUCCGAGAAUUAAGCGAGAGGAAAACUGUCAUGUUCUUUAUGUGAUCAAUCCUUUUAAAGCUUCGUAAACUACAGCUCUUUAGAUUCGGAUAUCGAGCCUUGAUUUCAAUGACAAGCUCCUCGUAAGUAUGUUUUUGUUCGAUAAGAAACCGGCGGACUAAGUCUUUAUCUAAGACAUUUUCUACCGCCGACAUCUUAGUUUCCUAAAUACAUGUCGGAGCCCAUGCAAAGCUCUCUGAAAAUAUGAAACCGCAGACGGAAAAACCAAAAUUCUGAGAACCAUUACGACUCCAGCCCGGAUUAUUCGUGACUUACUGAAAUGGGUGACACCGCUGGAUUUUUUACCUCGAAGGCUCGGUUUAUUCCUUUGGGCAUUGCUUUCGGUGGCUGCCGAAAACGUGUCGAAUGAUUUCGGUUUUAUUCGUUUCGAAAAAGGUGAGAUAUUUUGGAAGAAGACCAAAGGAACUGCGGAAGGUACUUCAAAAGACUUGAACAAUAGUGUAAUUAAGCUACCUUGCGCGAACAGACUUGUGAUCUUCUAUCCUUUUGUUUACAUUGUCUUGAGAUGAAUGAACUCGAGAUCGAUAAACUGCAAUCAUUUGAAUGGAUUUAGUUUCUAUUCACGGUGUAUUUUUAGCCUUAAUAUGUUUUUAGGAUUAAAGAGCGUCGCAAAAGAUUUAAAAAUGGAACUUGGACGAGUUGUUGUAAUCACUGCGAAGAGCAAAAGCGAAAAUAUAUAAAGGGGUAAGUUUCUAAAGAAACUGUGGUGCUGCGUCGGUGGGAGAGUAUAGCAGGUAAUUAGUGUUAACAACUGGGUUGAAAACGUAAAUUAGCCACCGUAAAGGGUAAAAAAGCUGACGUUUCGAGCGUUAGCCCUUCGUCAAUCGCUCUGACGAAGGGCUAACGCUCGAAACGUCAGCUUUUUUACCCCUUUACGGUGGCUAAUUUACGUUUUCAACCCAGUUGUUAACACUAAUUACCUGCAAAAGCGAAAAUAGUUUAUCAUUUCGAGCGCCGAUCGUUUUGUUUUGAUCCGAAUGAGUGCACUUGAAUUAAACUACUUCUUUAUUAUGUAAAUAUUGCGUGUCAUAAAUAGUGCUCGUGUUCGCGCGCUGGCGGUUCAUUCUUUCACAACUUUCGUCUUGUUCGAAUGAACUUGUGAUCUGACCGUGUUGUUUAUUGUCGCGAUGGAGUUUAGUGUUGGCGAUUCUGUCGAAGCUGUCGAUUAGUUAGGAAUUUGGACAAAAGCGAAAGUUGUCAGCAAAUCGGACAACGCAAUUGUUGUAAAUUUUCCUCCGUUCAUCUGUUAACAAAAGAAAAAUAUCUCACCUACAUCAGAGAAGUUGCGCUCUUCACGAUCUUCGGAAGCAUGCCGGCAUGUCGGCAAACUCAUCGGAAUGAAUAAGUAAUGAGAAAGAACAAUAGCCUGAAUAUAUGAAUACUUAACAACCUCAAUUUUUGAGGUUCACAUUUAAUCCGCUAUGGAGUUGUAAUACAUUUUUAGGGUCGCACUGCCACAGAUACAAUAGUACUACUACCGUAUUUAUUCGCCCAUAAGCCGAUCUCGGCUAUAAGCGGAGACCCUAAACUUUUUCAUGUCAGCAGCUGUUGCAUUGAAAUAAAAAAUAAACACAAAACAUUCGGCUAUAAGCCGAGACCUAAUAAUUGCAAAGUACUCCACGCGUGUCGUUAACUGAGAUGAAUUAACAUAAACCGAAAACAAAAGGAGCUUCCCUCUCGGGAAACAUGCAACCAAAAAGUAGGUUAUGAAUAAACAUAUUCCUUAAGUCCAACUUACUCAGUUGUUAUUGGUCGUUUGGUCUUCUACCGAAGAUUGUUGGUACUAUUGACGGCUCUCACGUCAGAAUAAGAGCACUUACAGCUAGCGACAGUGCACCGGAUUAGUUCAUUCGCUACCAACAACACGAUUACAUAAUCCAGGCUAAUAUUGAUGGCAAGAAUAAUUAUGUGUACUUCGCAUGUGGAACUCCUCGAAGCAUGCAAGACGCUCGCGUAUUUAGGUAGAGUACAUCUUUCAAAGAGCUAGACAGGGGGACAACCUAAGCCGGCCAAAUGUGAAUGUGAAAUAGGUCCUUAACUUUUAGGUGAUAGUGCCUAUCCCCCUCCCCUUUGGCUAAUGAAACCAUAUACUGAAAGUACACGGGACCCAAGGAAAUUAGAAUUUAACAAGAACCUUUUCUUUGGAAGAGUUAAGGUUGAAUGAGCUUCGUUUUAUGAGAUAGAUGAAGAAUACUCUCCAGGUCGUCAUCUCGUUAUUACUGUUUUAUAACUAUUAUUAUUAGUGGUAGUAGUAUUAUCAAUAACUUAUUUAUUUAGGUUUAUCAGUGAGUAAGAACUGUGCCGAGGUGUACAAAUCUGGUGGAAUAACCAGCGGUGUUUACAGAAUCAAACCGGAUGGUGCUGGACCUGACUUUGAAGUGUUUUGUGAUCAAAAAACUACUAACGGGGGAUGGACAGUGGUCCAAAAGAGGCUGGAUGGCUCUGUUCUUUUCGAUCGCGGCUGGUCUGACUACAAGAAUGGCUUUGGUAACCUUGAUGGCGAGUUUUGGCUCGGACUGGAAAAAAUACACCGUUUGACAAAAUCCCCUAGCAAGCUUCGAGUCGAUCUGGAAGAUUUUGACGGCAAAACUUCUUACGCCGAGUACGACUUAAUUGUGGUAGCGACUGAAAGUAAGAAGUACCAGUUAAGCGUUGGGAAAUAUUCAGGUAAAUUGUUUGAAGCAAAUGAAAGUAAUUGUUUUAACUUAACGGAUUCUCUUUAGUUGUUCUAAGAAAAACUCAAAAGUUUUUAUUGAAAAUUUUUUUCAAAACUUUGACUUAGUUCAAGAAGAGUAAUUUGUGUCUUUGCUUCUUAAGUAAGGUUGGACCAUAUGACGUCUUUGUGAAUAUCUCGCAAGAGCUGAUUUCGAGUUUUACUUUAUUGAAGGAAGAGCUGGCGACUCCCUUACUCAACAUCACGGCUAUCCCUUUUCAACCAAGGAUCGGGACCAUGACAGUCAUAGCAGUAACUGUGCUGAGAAAUAUAAAGGAGGCUGGUGGCAUAUUGACUGUUAUUACUCAAACCUUAAUGGUGUCUAUCGUCAUGGAGAGGACUCAGUUACUACUUUUGGAAUCAGAUGGAAUAGCUGGAAAGGAAAGCCCCAGUCUAUGAAGAGGGCUGAGAUGAAAAUCAGACCAGUGAAGGUUUAG